AUGCAACAUGCAGAAAUGGACGGCAAGCUCCAACGAAUAUGCACAGAGAUGCCUUCCAAGGAGCCUCCCACAGAGUUCUAUUCGGUGCAGGGAGACGAGCACCUGGCCACAUGGGAAAUAGACAUCGUGCAAUUUAAAUUGAAGUUGCAGCGUGCGCUUCACGCCUGGGUCUGGCGGGACAUAGAACUCGGCCAGAUUAGGAGCGUCUAUGCCGCUUGGGUGAAGUGA